AUGUCGGAUGAUGAUUCUUUGCUGGAGUACAGUGAAAUUGUUAUGAAGAUGUUUGGCAGUGAGGACGACGGAUUUGAGUUUUAUAACAACUACGCUUAUGAGAAAGGAUUUAGUGUGAGAAAGGAAUACUGUGAAUGGGACAACGACCACAAUGAGAGGACCCUUCGGAAGUUUGUUUGCAGCUGUGAAGGUUUCCGUGCAGAGAAGGAGGUGUGGAGGGAGAUCAAGAAGCGGAGGCCGCGGAAUAUCACUCGUUGUGGAUGCCGUGCUCAACUUGUGAUUGCACAGGAUCCGAACACAGAGCAGUGGUAUGUGAAGGAUUUCAUCGACGAGCACAACCAUCCGAUGACGGAACCAGACCUUGCUUGCUUUCUGCGUUCACAUAGAAGAAUCAGCGAUGAUCAGAAAGCAGAGAUUGUGCAGCUGCAGAUUUCUGGGAUCCGCAAACACCAGAUAAUAGAUAUUAUGGUUAGGCGGUACGGUGAGUAUGAUAAGGUUGGAUUUACAUCAAAGGACCUUUACAAUUUCUGCCAUCGCAACAAGGCGGAGACACUUUCCAGUGGUGAUGCUCGAACAAUCAUCAGUUACAUGACAUAA